UCCGCCCCCCGCUCGCCGCGCCGGAGGUGAGCAGGAAGGAGGCGGCCGCCCAGCAGCCGGUAGGCCGGCGCGGCGGAACGAUCGGAGCCGGCGGAGGGCGCAGAGGGACGCGGAGGCCCUGGGCGGGGGCCGGCCCGGAUCCCAGGGAUGUGGGUCUCAGCCUCUCGUGUGGCGUGAAUGCAGAGUGAGAUGGCACUCCUGGCAUGGCAGGCCCUAAUUACUUGGCCAGAAGACUCUGCAACUUUGUCACACACAUUGCAUGCAGUGGGCACUUGCCCCCCAACUUCAAGGAAGCCUCAGUCUUAGAUCCUCAGGAUCCUUUCGUAUGCAAACUCCUGGCCUGGUCUCCAGUGGGCAGCUGCAAACAUGAGGCGGUUCCUGAGACCAGGGCAUGACCCUGCACGGGAGAGGCUCAAGCGGGACCUGUUCCAAUUUAACAAGACUGUGGAGCAUGGAUUCCCGCACCAGCCCAGCGCCCUGGGCUACAGCCCCUCCCUGCGGAUCCUGGCCAUCGGCACUCGCUCUGGAGCCGUCAAGCUCUACGGUGCCCCUGGGGUGGAGUUCAUGGGACUCCAUCGGGAGAACAAUGCUGUGGUACAGAUCCACUUCCUGCCUGGCCAGUGCAAGCUGGCCACCCUGCUGGAUGACAACAGUCUGCAUUUGUGGAGCUUGAAGGUCAGGGACGGAGUGUCAGAGCUGCAGGAGGAUGAGAGCUUCACCCUGCGUGGGCCCCCAGGGGCUGCCCCCAGUGCCACGCAGAUCACCGUGGUCCUGCCUCACUCUUGCCAAGAGCUCCUCUACCUGGGGACUGAGAGCGGCAAUGUGUUUGUGGUGCAGCUGCCCAGCUUCCGAGUGCUGGAGGACCAGACCAUCAGCUCAGAUGCGGUGCUGCAAGGGCUGCCUGAGGAGGCCCGCCAGCGGCGAGUGUUCGAGAUGGUGGAGGCGCUGCAGGAGCACCCUCGAGACUCCAGCCAGAUCCUGAUAGGCUAUAGCCGGGGCCUGGUCAUCAUCUGGGACCUGCAGCGCAGCCGUGUGCUCUGCCAUUUCCUCAGCAGCCAGCAACUGGAGAAUGUCAGCUGGCAGCGGGAUGGCCGCCUGAUUGUCACCUGCCACUCCGAUGGCAGCCAUUGCCAGUGGCCUGUGUCCAGCGACACCCAGCAACCAGAGCCCCUGCGCAGCUCCAUGCCUUAUGGUCCAUUUCCUUGCAAAGCUAUUACCAAAAUCUUUUGGCUCACCACCAAAAAGGGGUUGCCCUUCACCAUCUUCCAGGGUGGCAUGCCUCGAGCCAGCUAUGGGGACCGCCACUGCAUCUCUGUGUUCCACAACAGCCAGCAGACGGCCUUCGACUUCACUUCCCGUGUCAUCGACUUCACUGUCCUCGCUGAGGUGGACCCUUCGGCUGCUUUUGACAACCCCUACGCCCUGGUGGUGCUGGCUGAGGAGGAGCUAGUGGUGAUUGACCUGCAGACGGCAGGCUGGCCCCAAGUCCAGCCACCCUACCUGGCUUCCCUGCACUGCUCAGCCAUCACCUGCUCCCACCACGUGUCCAACAUCCCCCUGAAGCUGUGGGAGCGCAUCAUCGCUGCAGGCAGCCGGCAGAAUGCACACUUCUCCGCCAUGAAGUGGCCCAUUGAUGGUGGCACCACUCUGGCCCCUCCCCCACCCCAGAGGGACCUGCUGCUUACAGGGCACGAGGAUGGCACGGUACGCUUCUGGGAUGCCUCGGGUGUUUGCUUGCGGCUGCUGUUCAGACUCAGCACGGUGCGUGUGUUCCUCACUGACACGGAUGCCAGCGAGAGCCUCAAUGCCCAGGGCGAGGAGGAGUGGCCCCCUCUCCGAAAGGUGGGCUCCUUUGACCCCUAUAGUGACGAUCCCCGGCUGGGCAUCCAGAAGAUCUUCCUCUGCAAGUACAGCGGCUACCUGGCUGUAGCAGGCACGGCAGGACAGGUGCUGGUGCUGGAGCUGAAUGAUGAGGCGGCAGAGCACACUGUGGAGGAGGUGGAGGUGGACCUGCUGCAGGACCAAGAAGGCUACCGCUGGAAGGGGCAUGAGCGCCUGGCUGCCCGCUCAGGGGCUGUGUGCUUUGAGCCCGGCUUCCAGCCCUUCGUGUUGGUGCAGUGCCAGCCCCCGGCUGUGGUCACCUCCUUGGCCCUGCACUCUGAGUGGAGGCUUGUGGCGUUUGGCACCAGCCAUGGCUUUGGCCUCUUUGAUCACCAUCAGAGGCGGCAGGUCUUUGUUAAGUGCACACUGCACCCCAGUGACCAGCUAGCCUUAGAAGGCCCGCUGUCCCGAGUAAAGUCCCUCAAGAAGUCCCUGCGUCAGUCCUUCCGCCGGAUGCGCCACAGCAGAGUGUCUAGUCGGAAGUGCCGGCCAGCUGGUGCCCCAGGAGAGAUGCAGACAGCAGGCAUCACCAAGGCAGAGCGGACAGGCCUGCAGAACAUGGAGCUGGCACCGGUGCAGCGCAAGAUUGAGGCCCGCUCAGCUGAGGACUCCUUCACGGGCUUUGUCCGGACCCUGUACUUCGCUGACACCUACCUGAGGGACAGCUCCCGCCACUGCCCCUCACUGUGGGCUGGCACCAAUGGAGGCACUGUCUAUGCCUUCUCCCUGCGUGUGCCCCCAGCUGAGCGGAGAAUGGACGAGCCGGUGUGGGCGGAACAGGCCAAGGAGAUCCAGCUGAUGCACAGAGCACCUGUGGUGGGCAUCCUGGUGCUCGACGGACACAGCGUACCCCUUCCUGAGCCCCUGGAAGUGGCCCACGACCUGUCGAAGAGCCCAGACAUGCAGGGAAGCCACCAGCUGCUUGUGGUGUCAGAGGAGCAAUUCAAGGUGUUCACACUGCCCAAGGUGAGUGCCAAGCUGAAGCUGAAGCUGACGGCCCUGGAGGGCUCGAGGGUGCGGCGGGUCGGCGUGGCCCACUUCGGCAGCUGUCGGGUCGAAGACUAUGGGGAGCACCACCUGGCAGUUCUCACCAACCUGGGCGACAUUCAGGUGGUCUCGCUGCCCCUGCUCAAGCCCCAGGUUCGAUAUAGCUGCAUUCGUCGGGAGGACGUCAGUGGCAUCGCCUCCUGUGUCUUCACCAAAUAUGGCCAAGGUUUCUACCUGAUUUCACCCUCAGAGUUCGAGCGCUUUUCUCUUUCCACCAAGUGGCUGGUAGAGCCACGGUGUCUGGUGGAUUCAUCCAAAACCAGGAACCACAGUUGCCCAAGCAAUGGCAACAGCAUGGGCCCUGAGAAGGCUGUGGGCAGAGCCAGGAACUCGGGAAGCCAGAGUGAUGGAGAGGAGAAGAAGCCUGGCCCAGUGAUGGAGCACGCACUGCUCAAUGACGAGCGAGUCCUGAAGGAGAUCCAGAGCACGCUGGAGGGGGACCGAGGGGAAGAGCAUGAAGUGAAGAAAGUGACCUUGUGUCGUUGGUGUACACACCGCAGCCCACGGAGCAGGACACAGUCUCGCGCAGCCCCCAGGGCCUCUAUGGAGCCAGCUGAUCAUGGACCAAAGCUUUUGAAACUGCAAGCCAAAGCAAACCUUUCCUCCUCUCGAUUGUUCUUCUCUGGUAUUCAGUCACAGCAGUGAAAAGAUGGUAACACGCUGGGACUACAGACAAUGCUGUACCACACUGAAACUGUUUCCAAGCAAUGAAGUAAAGGCAGCUGUCACCAGCCACUUCAGUGCCUCCUGGGAAAAGUCAGGCUUGGCCCUGACUCAUCAUCCCAAGGAUGCUUUGCCCUGCAUCAAGCAGCUCUUGGCCUCUGAGAGUGCACUUGUCCUUAACAAUGCAGGCCAAUCCUGCUAGCUUGCUGUGGACGUUUUCUCCUGGCUGGCGGCUGACAGGCUAUGCUCGAUAGCACAGGCCACCUGGACCUGUGAGGACCUCACUGGCCUCCUUCCACUUUGGCCUCCCACAUGAGCCUGGGCUUUAGUCAGUGCCUACGUCCCCCCAGGUGUGGAUCCACAGAGGGUAAAAUGGGCAAGAGAAGGCAUGGUCGGCCCCAGCCCAGGGUGAUUGGUUUCUGCAAAACCCAGAGGAGGAGAGGCCACCUCCUUAGGGUACCUCGCCUGGAGAGUAAACUGCAUGAUCUCAGGUGUGCUGGUCCCAACCAAGGCAACGGGGAGAAAUCGCUGGACAGCCACACCCACUCAUGGGCCAUCUGAGAGUGUGACCUGCUCCACAGGAUGAGUGGCCUGGGGACAUCUGGUCCACAACUUGAGCCUGCAUCCUGGUCUGCACACACAUUAAGGAUGCUAUCGGGGUUGGGCAGCUUUUGACAGACUCCUUUGAGUGCACCUCUCUGAGUGCAAAUGAACAGUGUUCUGGUUUGCUUCAUGUCACUGCCCCUCAGUUCCACGUCACUGGCCUUGAUCCACCUGCCCUUCAAAUACUAUUACUGCUGAGGUCUCUACUGUCACCAACCUCACCCACUGAAAAUGUUCGAUAUAAUGGGGUGAAGGGAUGGGAAACUCUCCUUCCUAGAUUAUCACAUGGGCUUAACUAUCUCUUAGAGUAACCUAAGAUGCCCACCAUCUGCUACCAGUGCCCACCAUGACCUCAAGAAAAAAGAAAGACAAUUCCACUCAAGUGAGCACCUUAUGAGUAAUAGGUAAGCACAUGGGUUUAUGUCAAACCUGGAUACGAAUCCUUUCUGUGCCUCCUUCCAGCUCUGUGACUGUGGGUGAGCAGCUAGUUCCAUGGGAAUUCGAUGGAGGGGAAAUGGUGCCCUGCAUCCAGCCCUCAGGCAGCGUCGGCAAUGGCUCCUCAUGGAAGGCUUUCCUGGCAGCAUUACAUGGGUGCUUCUCUGCAUCACCUCUGCCCCCAUGAAACCUCUCCUUUCCAUCUCCCUGGCUAGCUCAGCCUGUGAUGUUGCAGCAUGUGAUUCUAGAAAUUGCUCUGCUUUAUAGUAGUGAAUUUCAGGCAAAGAAGGGGGGUCUUCCAAAGGCCCCCUGAGAAUUACAACACUCAGGUGUUCCCAUUUCCAGUGGCUGAUAUCAGCCCUUGGGUGCAGCACAGGGUGGCCCAUGCCUGUAAUCCCACUUGGGAGGCUGAGGCAGGAGGAUUGAUGCAAGUUUGAGGCCAGCCUGGGCUAUAUAAUGAGUUCAAGGCCAACCUGAACCUCAUAAUGAUAUCCUGUCUCAAACCAAAAUGAAACCAAAACAAAAACAUAUCAGCCCUUGGGUAAGAGACCCAGAGCUAUGACUACUACCUACACAGGACUCCUUUUUUUUCUUUUUGAGAUAGGGUCUCACUAUGUAGCCCAGGCUGGCCUCAAAUUCAUAGCAAUCCUCCUGCCUCAGCCUCCUGAUUGCUGGGAUUACAGGCAUGCACCACCACGUCCCGGCUCAGGACAUCAUUUAUAAAAGAUCUGGGAGUAAAGGGAAGUGUUCUGGUAUUGAGAGCAACAUGCGAUGGACUCAGAACUGAGACCAUGGCCCAAGUCCUAGCUCUACUGAGCAUAAAGUAGUGUUUAUGCCGGGAUCCUAGAGGACAGAAUUCUAAGUGAUGAAGGAUAACCCCUUAACAAGCUCCACUUCCUCUACAUGGGCCGCUUUUGCCUCCUAGUGGUCACCAGAUAGAUUACAAGUAAGUGUCCCAAUUUUAACAGGCACUGCGAGUUGGAACUUGGGUUUUUCUGAGAUAAGCAACUUCUCCAAACUCCCUCCUCCUGAGCACGUGUCAACACCCCCUCUUCUCUUCAGCCCAAAAGAAGUGACUGAAUAUGCAGAUGCAAGUCCCAGGAACCCAGGAGGUUGGUUUGUUUUCCGCAAGAAAAAGAAGGAGGAACUGAAGAUUGCCAGGAAGUGAUAAAGCAAGUGUAGUGUAAAGGUCUGCAUUGUCUUUGCUCAUUCCUUCCUUCCCAGAAAAGACCCUUGUUCACCUGUAAAGGUGACAUGGUGAUUUGAAGCAAAUAAAUCCCCCACUACACCCCAUUAAACCUCUCCUUUCCAUCUUCCUUAUAAAGCAACUUCACUGUUGUUAGUUUUGAAUAAAUCCUUUUUCCUUUUUACCCAAA